AACAAGCGGCCGCACGUGGUCAGGAGUAUGCCAACAGCUUGGCCAAUGCCAGCGGCGAUGAGCAGUCGCCAAGUAAAUCGAAUGCGGCGGCUCUCGCUGCCGUCGAGCUGUCCGCGGGUCCGGCCAAUGGCAAUGGCAGCGGUAGCAGCAGCAGCAACAGCAACAACAACAACAACAGCAGCAGCAGCAGCAGCAACAACAACAACGGCAAUGCUGCCAGCGCUAGCUCCGCUUCGAGCGCCACAUCCUCCUCCUCCACAUCGAAUGCGCUGCAGCAGCAGCAGCAGCAACAGCAGCAGCAGCAGCAGCCGCCGCAUCAUCAUGCCGCUUUGGCCGCCCAUCAGCAUGCGGCAGCUGCAGCAGCAGCGGCACAUCAUCAUGCCGCUGCCGCAGCGGCCGCUCAUCAUGCGCAUCACGCUCAUGCGGCGCAUCAUGUGCACGCCCACGCCCACGUUCAUGGGCAUGGCCAUGGCCAUGGGCAUGUGCAUCACGGGCAUGAGGCGGCCUUCCUGGGCGCGGCAGCUGGCGCGGCGGCCAAUCCGAAUGGCCUGCUCGCCGGCCAUGGCGGCGGCGAUGUGCUCGUCGGCCCCGGCGGCAGCGGGCCCGGUGGCAAGAAGAAGAACAAGCGACGACACGGACGCACCAUAUUCACCAGCAGCCAGCUGGAGGAGCUGGAGAAGGCCUUCAAGGAGGCCCACUAUCCGGAUGUCAGUGCACGGGAGCUGCUGUCCAUGAAAACGGGACUGGCCGAGGAUCGCAUACAGGUGUGGUACCAGAACCGUCGAGCCAAGUGGCGCAAGACCGAAAAGUGCUGGGGCCACAGCACCAAGAUGGCCGAGUAUGGGCUGUACGGGGCGAUGGUGCGGCACUCGCUGCCGCUGCCGGAGACAAUCAUCAAGUCGGCCAAGGAGGACGAGUCGGUGGCGCCCUGGCUGCUGGGCAUGCACAAGAAGUCGCUGGAGGCCGCCGAGCUGCUGAAGAGCGACGAGAGCGACAGGGAGACGCCCACCUCGGACGAUACGAACACCUCCUACUCGGCGGGCAGCACCCACAACUCGCCCAUCUCCAGCUUCUCGAUAUCGCGUCUGCUGUUCGAUGCGCCGCCGCCGCCGUCAGCGGGCGGCAACAAGCAGUCGAAGCACGCCCAUGCCCAUGCCCAUGCGGCCGCUGCCCAUGCGCACGCCCAUGCCCACGCGCACGCCCACAUCGCAGCGGCGAACGCGGCUGCAGCGGCCGCCGCCGCGGCCCACCAGCACCACGGCGAUGCGGCAGCCGCUGCCGCCGCCGCAGCGGCAAUGCACGCGGGCAUGCACCAUCACCAUCAUCACCAUGGCCAGGCGGCGGCCGCAGCAGCCACUGGGCAGCAGCACCACCCAUACAACCAGCAGCAGCAUCUGCAUCACCUGCAGCAGCUACAGCAGCAGCAGCAGCAGCAGCAACAACAGCAGCAGCAACAGCAGCAACAGCAACAGCAGCAGCAGCAGCAGCUGGCCGAGCAGCAGCAGCAGCAGCAGCAGGCGGCGGUGGUGCAGCAUGCGAUGCAUAUGCACCACCAUGGCACCGCUGGCUAUGCUGAGGCAGCGGUGGCUGCGGCUGCUGCCGCUGCGGCCGUCGCUGCUGCCGCGAAUGCACGCAACGCGGCGGCCGCUGCUGCUGUCGCCGCCGUUGCUGUGGCCGAGUCGGAGCCGGACGAGGAGAUCGACGAGGACGAGGAUAUGGAGAAGGACUGCGAUGCGGAUGUCGAUGCGGAUGUCGAUGCGGAGGCCGACAACGUUGCGGAUAUCGAUGGGGAUGCGGACGCCGAUGGCGAAAUCGACAUCUGCGACGACGAGGACGAGGCGCAAACGCUGGCGCAUCAGCAGCUGCUGCUCAAGGUCAAGCAGGAGCACCUGAACGGCGGCGGUGCGAUGGGCGGGGCAGGCGGCACGGAGGGCGGCAGCAGAUGAAAUAUGUACAUCGAUGUCUUAUUCUAAAGAGAGAAACAGAGAGGGAGAGGGAGAGCGAGAGAUAUUUAUUGAGCAG